AUGGGCUCUUCAUGGAUCUCGAGGACACGUCGUCGAGGAGCUCUUCCACGUUGGUUGAUUCUUUUCCCGGCCAUUGCGCUACUGUCCCUCCUGUGGUCGACGUCAAGGUUGGCAUCGCAGGUCUGGGAUGGCGAUGUCUCGAUCGCACGACAGCCAAACGAUUUUGACACCUCACAAGCACCUAUCAUUGAUAUCACAGAGGCAAGUACCAAACACAAGGCAGGAAUUCCCAUUCAAGCCGAUCACAAGGCGGGCCAAAAGCGAGGCAGCAGCAAGUCCACGAGCCGCCCCAUCAGCUCAUCCGUUGAAGCACCUCCAAGAUCAUUGAACGCUCCAGACACUCCGGGGUUUCCAUCAUAUGCGAAAUAUGCUGCUCUUGUGGAGAUUGCCGAUACACUGCCGGAUAUAGUCUAUAUUCCCUUUGAAGAUGCUGUCCAGAACGAUACUCUGGACGGAUGGGAAGCGGAGUGGGUUGUCAACGGGACGUAUGAUGUCAGUAAAUGGGGUCUUUUGAGAGAGUCUCGCAUAGACUUCGUUUACACCUGGGUCAAUGGCUCCGAGCAGGCCUUCAGAGACACAAUGCGCCCUUAUGAGCUCAAUUCGACGCUCAACGACGACGAUGGCACGUGGCUUGGCAGACACGGCGAGAAUCGUUAUCGGGAUUGGAAUGAGUUGAAGUACUCGAUCCGAAGCGUCGAGAAACAUGCGCCCUUUCGGAACAAGAUUCAGCUCUUGGUCAACUCGUUGAAUGACAAUAACGAUUCUGGAGUUCCAAUCAAGCAAAUACCCACAUGGCUGGACGAGAGGAAGGUUGGUGGCAUCUUGGAAGUCCUCACGCAGAAAGACUUCUUUGGAGAGGAGAAACGAGGAUGUCUGCCAACGUUCAAUUCUCUUAGUAUUGAGAACGAAUUGCACAACACAAAAUCCGCUGUCGAUAGACUAUUCGCUUUGUCCGACGACAUGCUUCUUGGUCGACUGCAUGCCGCUUCCGACAUCUAUUCACCCCUGUACGGUCCGCUUUACGCCUUCAAAACCAAUGGCUACAACACACUGCAUGCGCCAACCGAAGCAGAUGCCAAAAGAUUCGGCGAGAAACCCUGGCUAAUCUACACGUCGUGGUUGUUGAACAAGAGAUUCGGCUCUCGAAAGCGAAAAGGACAGGCACACUUUGGACAUUCACUUUCCCGCAAACUCCAUCGAGAAGCUAUGCUGUCUUUCCCCAAACCUGAGCUACAAAGUGCUUGCAGCAGGUUUAGAGGGGACUUUGGUUUCCAGCUUUACAGCUGGUACGCAAGCUUUCACUACGCAAUCGAAAGACAUCGAGAGGUACUGCUAUGGAGCUAUCUUAUGCACCGAUCAGAUAAAGAUCACAACGGGUAUCUAUCAUGGCCAGAACGAGAACAGGUUAUCGAAGAUCUUCAAGAUGGCCUGCGGAACAUGGGAGGCUCAUACCGCACGCGGCACUUCUACCAUCUCCCAGAGACACUGGAAAGUGCAGGCCUAGAUCCUCCCAAGGUCAAUCUCGACAUUCUAUGGACUUCGAUGGACGGCCCUCUCGCGAUAAAAGACGUAGACUGUCUGAGCUUCGAUGUGAACGACUGUCUUGCACCAGGCUUUUCUGCAGAGGAUAUCACGAAAAGUUCCUCCAAAGCAUCAGUCUUCUCGACUGCUGCGAUUCUCGAUCGCGCAGCACGUCAGCAGCCCGAAUGUGGUGACUGCUUGAUUAAAAUCUUACUUCAUCGGCAGCGCAAAGGGUUCGGUUCCAUGAUGCCUCUUUCCACAGAUUCAAAGGAGUUCGGCAUUGUGGUCAAGGCAUUGAUGCGGUAUCAGUAUGUCGUUCAUGAGCCUGAUGCAUUGUUUGUCAUGGUUACCGAUGCUGAACAAGUGGAAACGACGCUGAUCAAGAGAUUAUUGACCAAGAAGAAACAAGUCGGCCAGCUAUGCUUGAAUGACGAUAUGUCUACUCACAAUCCUGCAGAGUUGCGAGAUCUGGCAGAAUCAAUGACCAGACUAUUUGAAGGCCUUUGGCCCAAGGCUAGUCGAUUCGAGCGGUCGUGA